AUGUUGGGUGAUUCAAAGAUCAAAGUUCAUAUGUCGUUCGGAAUGAAACUCGCUCCUUCUCUUGAUAAAGCAGAAGUUGAUUUCACCUUGUUUCGUCAGAUGAUCGGAUCUUUGUUGUAUAUAACAUCUAGUCGUCCUGACAUAAUGUUUGUUGUGUAUUAUUGUGCCAAUUUUAAAACAAGUCCUCGUGAACCUCACAUGUUGACAGUUAAGAACAUAUUCAGAUAUCUGAAGUGUACUACUUUUCUUGGUUUAUGGUAUCCAUCCAAUUCUGGGUUCUUUGUGCAAGCAUACUCGAAUGCUAACUUAGGAGGUUGUGGUCUUGAUUGUAAAAGCACAUCAAGGGGAUGUCAGUUUCUGGAUGGCAAGCUUGUUAGUAGGCAAUCUAAUAAGAAAACAUGUGUAUCCUUAUCUACAGCUGAAGCAGAAUACAUUGCAGCAACAUCUUGUACAUCCCAAGUGUUGUGGAUUCAGAACCUGCUAUGA